AUGUCAGAUUGGUCUACAGCUGAAAAUCCUUUUAUGGAUAAUGGCGAGGUCUAUAGCAAUACAUUUAAGCCUCUUCCAUUGCCAGAUGAUUCAUUAGGUUUUGAUGCUAUAGAGCCUCCAACAGUGACUCCUGCAGCUACAGUGAGACCCGAUAUCACACAGGGAUUGCAGAGUAGUAGAGAUAGUGGCAAGAGUACGCAGGAUCAAGACGAUGAUUUAGAGUCAAUUCUUUUUGAUUUAGGAAUACAGGAUGCUUAUGAUUCACCAGUGAAUCCUUCAUCUGGUGAACAAUCUUCAGAAACUGGAUCGGUGCUAUAUGAAAAGACACAUACGAGAAAAAUAAGCGGAUCGGGCAUUUUUGGGUUUGUUGGAACUGGUUCCAAUACACAGCUGGCAAUACCGGGAAUAGAUAUUAAUUCUGUGCCGCUUAAUAACAAAAAGCCAGUUUAUAAUGAGGUGAUGAACUUUGACAACUUAAACUUUCAUCGAAGUCACCCGAACGCUCAAUGCCGGGAAGGCCUACAAAGUUCUGCAAAGGUCCAAAGGGUGACAAGAUUGCGUAGGCGUGACAGUCUCAAGCAUGAUGAUGAUCCGGACUACUUUUUCACUGGUGAUGCUAGUGGAAAAUACAAAUUUCCUACAUCCUCAGUCACUUUAGGUAGCACAGGGCAGGUGACUGCUUCUUAUUCGGCCCAGGAUUUGAAGGCUUUGAGACCAUAUCAUGAUAAUUUGGAAGGCUGCCACCCUGAUAAUAGAAGAACCCCAUCUGCAAUAGCAUCAUCUCCAAUAAGAAAAGCCCCGAUCGCAGUAGAAGUCAAUAGUGUUGAAGAUAUUGACAGGAUUCUUAAUGGUAAGGACUUGAAAGGCGGAAGUGCCGUAGCAAAGCCUAAGCUUUCACAUCAAAUCCCUAGUUUGGCUCCUUUGUCUAGCACUAGCGUUCAAUCAAGUCCUGGUGCACAAGCAUAUAAGAGCCCAGAUAUGAGCCCCGUGACUAGUUCUCCAAUAAGGUUCAAGUCUGUCUCACCUUUUGGAAAAGGAACAAAGUUUACAACUCCUCUGAAAGUUAAAAAUACAUUCUCCCGCACGCCAAGUCCGCAAAGGGCCCCUAAACGACUAAACUGGAUUCCGACAUUAAUCACAAAAAAGAAUGAUUUAUCGGAGAAGAUUCUUAAAGAACAAGCUAAGUCCCCAACUAGAAAGAAAAGGCCAACAAUUAGAUCAACACUGGCUACGGGUACUUUGGACAAAUAUUUUGUUGGUCCUGAUAGCAAUAAAUUAUACACAUGCAAGUAUAAAAACUGCAGUAAAACAUUCACCAGAAUAUCAAACAUCCGAGCACAUAUUCAAACUCAUCUUUGUGACAGGCCAUUUGUUUGCCCAGUAUGUAAAAAAGCAUUUGUCAGGAAUCAUGACUUGAGACGUCAUUACAAAGGACAUCUGGAAUAUCAGUAUGUCUGUCCAUGUGGUAAAAAGUUUCCAAGACAAGAUGCACUAAAAAGACAUAGAAUAAGGAAUAUAUGCGUCGGUGGUAUCCCUGAUGAUAGAGGGGUGCUGAAAAGAAAAGGUAAGAAAUCUAAAAAGAGAGAAAAUAAAGCAAGGAUAAUCAUUCAGAAUACCAUCACGAAUGAUUUUAGCAGUGCAAUUCAUAAUCAUACAAAACAGCAGAUGUAUACAAAUAAUUGUGGCCAUGUAUGGACACCGGCACCUACGAACAUAAUUCCUAAUCAACUUCAAAGGCAGAUACUCCCACAAAAAGCACCUUUGAACACAUUCCGACCUCCAGAAUUAAGGUCACAAGGCCUUUCCGUUGCUGGAUAUUCUAAUGCUACAGAAACAAAUAUUUGCCAACAUCCAGAAUUUGGUGCAACAAAUGGACAAUGUCCACCGUACAUUCAGGAAAAUAUGAUUAAUUCAAUUCCGAACGGUGGAAAUGGAUCUAAUACCAAUAACGAACUUGACAUGUCGAUGGAAUAUCCCUUUGAUUUUGAUGAAAUCACAAAUUUUUAA